UGCAACCUUGAGCUUACAGUCGUAAGUGAUGAACUGCUUGUUCGACGCCUAGUGCAAGCUGGGAUAACGGUCAUAAGUGAUGUCAGGUCUGAUAAACUGCUUGUUCGACGCUUAGUGCAAACUGGAUUAACUCUUGGAUCAUUUUUAUAUUAUUAG